AUGGGGUCUCCGAUGCCCCUCCUCCUCCUCCUGGCCCUCCUCUACAGCUCACAAGCAACAGGGCCAAAGGUGACUUUGAAAGUAAAGCUGACAGAAGUUUUCCAGGCCAAGGUCUCCCAGGACUCCAGCUUUCUGGACUUGCUCCAAAAGAUCUGCCUCCUCCUCCGCCUCCCGCCGGGGGCCAACAUGACCCUCCAUCACAAAGGGUCACCACACCAUCUAACCUGUAGAACCUGA